CUGCUUUUUUUAACCGCUGCCGCACGGUUUGACGUCAUUGUGGAACCCUGGCCCGGCUAGCUGUCAUAUGCGUAACAGGGAAGGCAUGACAUGGAGCUAAAUUUUCCCAUCUGCAGUUAUAUAUGCGGCCUGGCUUGUUAAAUCGAUCUAAGGAAUUGUCAGUUAUAUGUACCAAGUUAGAGGCCUUUCCGUUUCGACUUCUCGAAAAAGCAGUAGCUCGCUAACCCGAUAGCUACCUUCUAACUUAAGGUGAAGAUAACCACUUGCAUACUGAAAGCAUGGCGUUAAUCCUGUUUACAAGAUCUCGGGCACCUUUAAUGAAAACGUCUCGAUCCCUAAAGAAUGAAUUCAGGAAAGGCAAAGGGAAAUUACAAGAGGGUUCCUAUUUCAGCUGCACAGCCUUCACACUUUCCAGUCAAAAACCUGAUGGGCUCCGACUCGGCAGCUUGGCUCAGGUCUCUUCGUUCGGACCUUCCUUUCCCGUGUCAGAUGAAUUUGUGGGUCCCUGUCAGAGCUCAGACACACAGCGGCUCUACUGCGCUUUUGCGUCGGGGGCUUCCCCUUCACUGUACCCUGCGGUCGGAGCGGGGCCCCAAUGGACGAUAGUACGACCGCGAGACAUCUCUGGUGUCAGGUGGAUACAUACCACGAGGAGGAGAUGGGAUGACUCCAAGGUGGAGAAGUCGCUGCGUUCGUUAAAGGAUAAGAAGAAGAAGCUGGAGGAAGGAGGGCCGGUGUACAGCCCGACACUGGACGCAGAGCCUGUCCGAAGGACGCUCCGACAGUGGGUUGUAGAUGAAAUCAAGCACUACUACCAUGGCUUCAGGCUGCUUUGGAUCGAUACCACCAUUGCUGGGCGGAUGUUCUGGAGGGUGCUGAACGGAAAUCCUCUGUCUCGCCGUGAGAGGAGACAGUUUCUCAGAACAUGUGCUGAUGUCUUCAGACUUCUUCCCUUCCUGGUGUUUAUCAUCGUUCCCUUCAUGGAGUUCCUGCUUCCUGUAGCUCUGAAACUCUUCCCCAACAUGCUGCCGUCCACCUUUGAGACACAGACAAAGAAGGAGGAGAGGUUGAAAAAGGAGCUGAGGGUCAAACUGGAGAUGGCCAAGUUCUUGCAGGACACCAUUGAGGAGAUCGCUCUGAGGAAUAAGGCAGCAAAAGGCGACGUGACGGAGGAAUUCUCCACCUUCUUCCAAAAGAUCCGGGACUCUGGGGAGCGUCCCAGUAAUGAGCAGAUCAUAAAGUUCUCCAAACUGUUUGAGGACGAGCUGACGCUGGACAACCUGACUCGACCUCAGCUCGUGGCGCUCUGUCGUCUCCUGGAGCUCCAGUCAAUUGGGACCAACAACUUCCUCCGCUUCCAGCUCAUCAUGAAGCUGAGGGCCAUCCGCGCAGACGACAAGCUGAUAGCAGAGGAGGGGGUGGAAAGCCUGAAUGUGAACGAAGUGCAGGCAGCGUGUCGUGUCAGAGGGAUGAGAUCUCUGGGAGUCACAGAAGAACGACUGAGAGAACAACUCGGCCAGUGGUUGGAGCUGCAUCUCAACCAGCAGAUCCCCACCUCUCUGCUGCUUUUGUCUCGAGCCAUGUACCUCCCAGAUACCCUGUCUCCUGCAGACCAGCUGAAAACCACGCUGCAAACACUUCCUGAAAUGGUGACCAAAGAGGCCCAGUUAAUGGCGGCGGAGUUGGAGCUCUCCAAAGUGGAUAACAAGACCAAAGUGGAGACCAUGCUUCAGGAGGAGGCAGCCAUACGGCAGGACAACAAGGACCGAGAGAUGGAGAGGCUGGCUGAUGCUGCAGAGAAGGCUGCCAGGGAGGGUGAACCAGAGCUUCAAGCAGAGAGGAUGAAGCGCAGUGAGGCAGAGCCAGCUUUAUCUAAAGCUGAAAAGGCAGCCGAUUCAGAGACACUGAAGGACACCGCACCCAUUAUAGAGGGACUCAAGGCAGAGGAGAUCACCAAGGAAGAGAUUGACCUGUUGAGUGAUGCCUGCUCAAAGCUGAAGGAGCAGAAGAAACUGCUGACUCUGGAGAAAGAGGAGCUGGAAGAGCUGAAGGAUGAUGUCCAGGAGUACAAUGAGGAUCUGGAGGAGAUAAAAAAGGAGCUCUCCAAGACUGGUCAGGAGAAGGCCAUAGAGGAGUCAAAGGCCAGCCAGCGGCUUUCUAAGAGGGUGAACCGUAUGAUCGGUCGCAUUGACAAGAUCAUCCUGGAGCUGGAGAAGGACAAGGUGAUCCUGGAUGGACAGAUGGACAGUGGAUCCACCCCACCUGUUGGUCUGUUCUAUACCUUUAGGGAGAACCUGGUCAGCAUCGACGAGCUCAUCAACGUCAUGCGACAGAUCCAGAACAUUCCCGAGCACAAGCUGCAGAGCAUCGCCGAGGCUCUCGACGACAACAAGGACGGGAAGAUUGACAUCGACGACGUCAUCAAAGUAGUGGAACUGAUCGACAAGGAGGACAUCGACAUCUCCACCUCACAGGUGGCCGACAUCAUGGUGAUGCUUCAGAAAGAGGAGAAGCUGAUGGGGAAGGAAAAGGCCAAAGAGAAGGCAGAGAAGGAACAGGCAGCCACACUCAAAAGUUAACUCAUUUUGCUUCAGAGACACAAGUGUUUGUAAAAAAAUGAGCACUCUCCAUUGUGACUGGUAUCUGGUCAUAGAGGACUCUGGACACCAGGUUGAUCUGGAGAGGUCGAGAACCGCAAGGUAACAGCUGCCUUCUUCUGAAAAUGUCAUUCUGCUAUAAAUUUAACUCCUAAAAAUAAAAAAUAAAAAAAUCUUCAGAGAAGGCUUGUUGCCUUUUAAAAUGUACAAAUUCAACAAGAAACUAAAUCUCUGUCAUGUUAAAAAAUUCUCGACUGGUCGUGUAAGAUGUGUGGUAGUUUUACUUCAGUAUUUAUCAGUGCAGGGAGCACAGUGACAUGGAAUUGAAAGCUAAUCAGAAAAAUGGUUUGGGAAAUGUGUUAUCAGACGUGUUAUUUAAAGUUGUAGGUGAACCGUCUUGCCUUUCAGUUCGUUCAUGUCAUCAUCUCGGAGAAAUGAGCGAUCAUUUCCGAACUUUGCACAGUCAACAUCGUCAUUUCUGUCAUUCCGCUCACUUUAUUUCCUCUUAUAUUUUAUUUAUCCACCUCAUACCUGUUUGUAAAGUUUUUUAAGUUGUACUUGGGCAGGUAGCUUAUCGCUGGCUAUAACGGUGGCUGCAACCAAAGAUGUUAUUGGUAUUGGAAACAACAUAAAAAUACUCAAAACAUGUUGAAAUUACAGGUUUAAAACAAUCCAUUUUAAAAAGGGGCUUCUAGCGAUUAUAUGCUAAAAACUAUUUAGGUUUUUCUUAGAUAGGACAUCAAACUUUUUCCACGAAAACCAAAACUAUAGUACUGCAAUUUCUUCACAUUUUGCACUCACAAAUGGGGAAAAAGUACAUUUAGUGCACUUCUUCAUAGAUCUUCACUCGUAGCUCUUUAUUUAAUGCCAAAGUUGCACUGAGAUGCAUUAAUAGCACAUUCGAGGUACUCCUAAAGUCAUCAGACAAAACAGCAAAGAUGCAUUUAAACUGUGUAGGAUCAGUGUAGGGACAGAAGCCACCAAUUAAAAGCAUCUGAUGCUGCUGUGACAGGUCAGUCGGGCUGUCCCCGAAUGGUCCUUCGUUGGGUUCGUGUUCGCCCUUCAGUUUGGGUAUUGAGAUGUUGUUGUUGUAGCGUUUUAGCAGCUAUGAUGUUUUGCUUGUUCGCUCUCUCUCAGAGCAGCCUUCGCCAUCCGUCGCUAAGGCUUUAAAUGUUCCUCGUUGAUUUCUACCGAAGCACGCAAACCCAACAAACGAUACUGGGGACGGCGAAGUUUAGGAAAGUAAGAGAUUCGUUUUGCAGUAAUUAGUCUGGAAAUCGUCCGUUCAGGUGAUAGAUGAGUUCAUGAGUUGUGUCGUAGUUGUCAUCGUUUAAAUGCAAAGUGGCCUUCUUAUCGCACAAAUGUUAUGGUUCUUAUAACACUGCAUAUUUAUUUCUGAGGAUUUUUAAGAAUUUAACGGAGUUGUGACGUUUUCAAUUUGCAUAGUAAUUUAAUUCUGAACAAGUUUGGAUGAAUUUUAAAUUUUAGUCCUGUCUUUUUUUUUCUUUUUUGUUCUUUGCACUGUAGCCAUGAAUGUACGUAGUAUGUAAACAAGAUUCCUCAGGGCUGUGUGAUGAUUUUAGAUGAUUAAAUAUAUCCUGCUACCUAUCCACAUAUCCCAGUCUGUGUUCACACUGCAUCAACUUGGCAAUGAAAUUUGAAACGAUGCUAACUGCAUAUUUCGAUCAGGGGUGCAGUUAAUUAUUACUUUGCUCAUUGGUGCUUCCUAAAAACUUAAAAUAGAGUGAGGAAAAUGCCCCCUAGAAGACUCCAGCCUCAUGUUUCCAGUUCGCUAAUCCCUCUGAUAAAUGAAUGGAAAACAAAUAUGUAUAAUAAUGACAUUUGAUUCCCUGACCAUUAAUGGUGCUGACAGUAUUCGAUAAAUAUUUUUUUCUGUCUAAUUAUCAUUAUUAUGCAGCAUUUUGAAGACACGUUGACAUUUCUGACAUCUAAAUGAUGUGAAAUGUAAUCUUAAUGAACUGAUUCAUGGGGGAAAAGGAAUAAAAUAGAAGAAUUUCAGACAGAUGUAUCUAAUAACCUCAGAUAAAAACUCUUGGUAGUAAUGAAAUCCAAAAAUCUGAUUGCUUCUUUGACCGCUGGUGAAUUUCUCACAUAACUGGUUUCCUGUCCAGCCACACCCGGGUGCCGCGUGAACCCACCGUAACGCCUCCAGCCGCCUCUGUCUGAUGAGCUGACCUCGUUUACGGUCUUUGCCACCGCUCUGGUGUUCCUCCUGCAUAAUCAGAGAAGAACUCGGGUGUAAACGAGGGUGACGGAGUGGUACUUAAGAUAAUGCUGAGUGGACAACGCUUCAUUUAAUCCAUUCCCAGAAUCCGCCGUCCUACACGUGGAAGUUUAAGAGCUUGUUCAUCUUCCAUCGGGCAUCGCCCCAGCUCGCAUCCAGUGCUGCCUGGCGGAGCAAAGGCUCUGCUUCGCCUGGGACCAGUCAGACUGAUGGGUGCGGGGUAAACACUCGUCCCAUACAUGGGCCAAAGCCAGCUCCACUGGAGGGUUGUGUUUAGGUUAGAGACGCUCCGGCGGGACAUGGCACGCCGUGCGCUGCAUAAAUCCGCAGCCAGUGUAAACACUUUAAAAGAACGUUGUGACAACGUCUCGUUUACACUCUGCAGGAGAGCGUGGUGUUUGUAGGGACAGAGGGUCAAAGGUCAGCGAAGGGGAAAGAGACGAAUACCAGAGUGUAAGACUGAUGGAGAUCAAUACACAGGGUUCCUGUGCAGGUCCAGAAAGGGUUGAAAUCGACAGGGACCUUUAAUGCGUUGCAGUCAUUGCUGAAAUGCAGAUUGAUGUCAGUAAUGUGCGGUUGCACAGAGAGCUCCUGAGAGCUUAUUUUUACCUUUAAUGUGAUUUUUGCCAUGUUUUACUAAAUGCACGGAGCUUCAGUUUAGCCAAAGAGACCCGACUAGUCAACAAGCAGAUAAUCAGCCACUUUUCCCUUUCUUUUGAUCUGCAAACAGCUAAAAACAAACUGGUUCCACCUUCACCAGUGGGAAGAUUUGAUCAUAUUCUUAUACUCAAUUGGAGCAAACUGGAUAUCUACCAGUCUAGCCAACUCUAAAAUUCCAAGAUGAUGGAAAAGGGUGAAAAAAUAAGUUGGUUUUUUUUAACUUCCAAAACAUCUCAAAACCUACAUAUUACCACAAAAUGAUUACAAUAUAUGAAAACUGGUCCAAACUUCAAAUAAAUUCAAGAAAACUCAAACUUCCCUCAAACGAACACUUCCCCAACUGAUUGUAUGUCCUUGUCUGUGGCUGCUGUGCUGUUUAAACUGCAGUCUUGGAGAAAGAAGGAGGUGUAGAGAUACAGUUGGCAGCGAAAGCCGUUUGACUCGAGGCUUGUGUCAGCAUAUUUUCAUUGCCAACCAGGCCGAGGCUCAUUUCUUACCUUUUAUUCCUUCAUUUAGUUCCCUCGUGAUAUUUUAGAAGAAAGUGACUCAGGAGAAAUAAAAAGGUGAGCCGAUUUUUAGCACACUGUCGCUAACGUUGACUGUUCUCUGUACAGUAUUGCCACAGUGUAAAUGCACUAUUCUUUUUUUUUUUUAAGCAGUUGGUAUGUGUUGACUGGCCGUCUCUGUGUGAAUGUCUACAAUACAACCCGUCCUCUCAGACUCCUGCUCAGUUGUGGGUGUUGGGUUUAGAAGAACAAACGCUUAAAGGAUUAUUUUUUCUCCCAUUUUGAGGUGGAACAAGUGGCUUCAGCUUGUUAGCAGUACGCUGUAAAUCUUUAAUUUAAAGUCAUCUGUGCUGAUGAACUGGGAAGCUGACCAUAAACCUUAAUGACUGAACGCUUGCUCUUUAGCCUAAGCUGAUUCCACCAGUUUAGUGCUGAGUGUGCUUCUUGUACCCCGGUCCUGUGUGCUAUCAGGUAGAGUAGCUAAAAAGCGUUGUGGAUUUGGCUUCUUUUGAUGAUAUAAUCGUAUUACUCUUCCUGUUUGGGGUUUGAUGAGCUUGUAGUAACCCCCCCCACUUCUUUUAGCGACAUGCUGCUUUUUGUAAAAUAUAAUCGAGUUUUCUCUUGUGCUGGAUGUAAGAGUACAGUCUGUGUAAGGAGGGAAAAGGCAGCUGAAAUGGGUAAAGCAGUGGGGAAGUGCUCUGUCUGUGUUUUCAGUUGAAAAAUAGAAAACUUGUUUCACUAUAUUUUAAAUCAUAGUGCAGCCAGACCCAUUAACCCGGUAAAGACUGAACCUUAAAGUAGUUGCCAGAAAAUUCAAAGUUUUUGAAACUGGAGUGUUUAUGAAACUUCAGGUAUAAGGGUUAGGGUUGUAAUAAAGCUAAACUUGCAUAUGAGUUUUAAUUUGUAUCAAUCAUGAAUUUAUUUAAGUUUUUUGGCCGGAAAAAAAUCACACUGAUGAUGUCGAGGGUUAAAAAUUGUUCUAAAGCUGUGUUCAAGAAGGCGGCAAAGUGCCUCCCGUUUAAGAUCAAACUUUAUUGAUAAUUUAUUGAUAUUGAUAUUGCUUUGGGAUCGUUUGUGUCCGAAACUGCAAUCUUUCAGCACAGACUCUAAUUGAGGAUGCCAAGGCAAAUUCACAGCUUUGUCGCCUCCAAAAUGCACUUUGGCGUCUUUCUGAACACACAGACACACAAAAAAAACAAGUCCAAAAUUCAUCUUCCAUGUGUUUUAAAGCAUCGGAAAGGCCACAAUGUGCUUACACAAUAUUAAACCUCAGAGAGGAGAAAAAAACAAAACCCAAACAACUUUAUGAAAUCUAGUUGUAAAAAAGAAAACCAAAUAAAAAAGACAGAAAUCAGAGACGCUGCAGUUGCAGUAAAAUUGCAGUGUAAAAUCUUACCAGGUGACACGGUGUUUUUGAUAUGUUAAAGAUAAUCCAAGUAUAGCCUGCUGCAGUUUGCUUGAAAACAUUUCUGUUAUUUAUUUAUUGAAUCAAAGUUUCCUUUUUUUCACGACUGGGUAUUUGAUUUCAGUUGAAUUUCAAAUGUAUGACAACACUUUUUAACUGAGAUCUUUGUGUUUAUGUAAAGAAAGCAUUAUUUGCAGAACAAAUCACAAGUUUUGAAUAAAUUAUGAUUUCUCA